AUGGGCAAAUCUAAGAAAGGUUCAGAUUUAGACGCCCCUCUCGCCAGCGCAGAAGAGAUCCAUGCUCUUUUUCAACGAGGAGAUUCCACCUGGGAGAGUGCUCUCAAGAGACACCUGGGUGGUAUUUACGACCACCAAGCGAUCAGAAAUCUCGCCGACACUGUCUGCAAGGAUUCCGGCAAAGUAUCCAAAGAGGUUGGCGAGAUAGCAGCUCUUCUCGUAGGGGAGGGAAAGCAUUGUCUCACUUAUUACCUCGGUCCUGAAAUACAACAGCGGCAUACGCGGCGACAGAACUUGAUUUGUUCCAAUUUCUUCACUGAGCGUGAAGAAGACCUUGGCCGUGACGAUACCAUUGACAUAUACAAGGCAUUCAUCCCAUGGGCGGGACCAAAGGAUCUGGUGGACCUGGCAAUGGUUCCGAGUGGCCUUACUGCUAUGAGGGAAAUAUUGGCCGAGUCUCCUGACCACCGCCAAGAUGUCCGCGAACCUACCUCUCGCAACUUCUACGACUUAUCCUCGCCAUUGGGGGGAUCUCUGGAACGGUCAGUCAGGGACAAAAUCGAAGACAACAAUAUGCGAUGGUGGUACCGGCAGCCAAUAAAGAAGCGCGUUGCGGUGGGUUUCGAGGGUAUGAUGAAAGGGGAGGAAAAGAAAACCUGGGAUGUUAUGGACAUUGACGACAAAAAUUUAUUAACCAGACUUCAGCAGAAGGAAGACCAGCAUAAGAAUAACUUCCAUAAACAACUCUAUGCAGCCAGGAAGCCAGUGAAAGCUAAGAAUGAGGGUGAGGAUGCCGACGAUGCUGCGACUCUAGUCGAUUUCUGA